AUGCCAACAGCUACUUCAACGAAAAAAGACCUAAAAGUCGCCAUCAUAGGUGGUGGCAUUGGCGGCUUGACCCUCGCCGUUGGCCUUCACGAUCGCGGUGUGCCCGUUCACAUCUUUGAAAGUGCUUCCAAGUUCUCCGAGAUCGGUGCAGGUAUUGCCAUUGGACCUAACGCACAGAAUGCCUUACAACGGCUGAGUCUCUACGACGACUUCCUCGAAUUCGCCGAUUUCCCUUCCCGCAACCUCUUCUUCCAGUGGCGUCUAGCCGAGUCGCAAGACCAGACAUUGCUGUCGGAGACGUUAUGCAAAAAGUAUGGCAUGGCGAGUAUUCAUCGUGCUGAACUUUUGGACACGUUUAUCAAGAGGAUUCCGCCGGAAAUCUGCAGUUUUGGAAAGAGAUUCAAGUCUAUCCAACAGCCAGAUCCUAGUGUGGAUGAUGAUGAGGAAGAGGAAAAGAAAGUCAAGCUCAGCUUCGAGGACGGCUCCACUUACGAAGCGGAUCUAGUGAUUGGUUGUGAUGGCAUUCACAGUCGAGUGAGGGGUUCGUUGGAUCCAAAGACGGCAGGACCAUCGGCAGUGGCUGGGUCAGACUCUUUAGUUUGGAGUGGGACAUGGGCCUACCGUGGUUUGAUCCCUCGCGAAAGGUUCGUGGCGGCAGUAGGCAAGGAGAAGGGCGAAUUCUACGCAAACACAGCCCAAAUGAUGCUCGCAAAAGACUCGCACAUCCUCAUCUUCCCCAUCCAAGGCGGAAAGACGGUCAACCUUGUCGCUAUGGUCACUGACCGAACGCGGUGGCCCGAACGGACACCUUUCCCGAAAGGCGAGUCCUGGAUCCAGGAAACUUCGAAACAAGCAAUGCUCGACGACUUUUCCACAUACAGCUCAGAGCUGAUCAAGAUGCUGGAAUGCAUCGACAAACCCAGCAAAUGGGCGCUUCAUCAGAUCAUCCCCUCGCUAACAUCUUACACAAACGGUCGGGUGAUGGUGACAGGAGACGCCGCGCACGGCGGUGUCCCACAUCAAGGUGCUAUGGCAGGUCAAGCUAUCGAAGACGCUCUCUUUGUCUCGAAUCUACUUUCGCAUCCCAAGGUCAACAAGCGCAACUUGAGCAAAGCGAUACAGGUGAUGGACAAGAUCCGUGUGCCAAGAGGCAACAAGGUGUUGCAAACGAGUUUGGAAGCCGGUGAUACGUAUGAGUUCCGCGGACUGCGGGCAGACGAUCCGAACAAACUCGGACAGCAUCUCGUGGAACGCUUUGAUCAUAUUUGGGACUACGAUCUGGAUCAGGAGUAUAAAGAUAUGGAUAAGUGGAUCCAGGAGAACCUCUAG